AUGCACAAUCUAGUACCAAUUACGCUCUGGAUAGAGAAGAGGAUAUGUGUUUCUGGAGGAAUAGUAGAAGGCAUCGUCAAGCUCAACUUCGUGCGGCUCCAAGAGGAGCAUGUAGACGAAGUCCGGGUAGAAUUGAAGGGUAGUGCGAACACGUACGUUGGCCUCGGAUCGCCACAAGAGCACCACGGACUUGUCGACUUGAAACUUUCCGUCUGGACUCGAGGAUCUGCUUUUCCACCUCCAGGCUCCCACUUCCUGAUCUUACCCUUCCAAUUUGAGCUACCAUACGGCCUUCCACCCUCGAUAGUCCAAGCUGUUAUAGGCGGUAAGGCCGAUAUUGUUUAUAAAGUAGAGGCGAUCGGCGUCCGCUCGGCAGUGCUUCACUCCAACCUCCGAACAUCAUUGCAUAUCGCCGUAGUGCCUCCGGAUCCCAACGGUAUACAGCUCCGGUCGAAUUUAGAAGCCGGGUGGAAUGGCCACUGGACGACUGCAACGGAGCACAAGAAGAUGCGCAGAGACUUCUGGGGUGCCUAUGCCGAAGUGAAGAUGGAGUUCGUGCGUCCCAUGCUUCCUGGGAUACCAUUGUUCACAAAAAUUCCCUUCAUUGUCUCCAUUACAACCUGGAGCAAGCCCACUAAACAUGACGAUGAGCAUACAUGGCCUGUUCUACCGACGGAGCCGAGGCAGGUCCGCUUUGAGUUGCGACAACGGGUCGCCAUCAGCGCGCAAGCCAGACAGAAUCCGCCUGGAACAGAGACAUCUGAGCGAGAGUGGAUACCGACGACUACAGAUCCUACCGUUGGCUGUUGGAAGCAAGAGGUGGCUUUCGGCUCGGUUUUCAAGCUCAAGUGCACGCCAAGUUUCAAUGAAAUGAAUUUUGGCGGCAUGUUUAACACCAUCAGCAUGGACAUUCCGAUUACCGUGUUAUCUGGCAUGGUGGCUCACCAACUUGGAUCUGCGCCUCAUGUGCCCGAACCUGCUGAGCUGGAUCUUCCUCCGUAA